AUGGGCGAUGCGCAAUUAUCUAGUGAACCCACGCGCAAUCUGAUAGUCUCAUCCACCCCAUAUCAAGCGGCGCCACAAGAGGAACACUUGGCUCCCGACCAACAAUUUUCUGCUACUGUUACACCCGCAUCUUCUACCACAGACCGUUAUCCAUCUUCUUCCCAGACUUCUUCCGCAAAUAGCAGCGCCAUGGCUGCCCCCACAGUCCAGCAAUCGCAGAAUGCUGCGCAGCAACCUCGAUAUACUCAACAGAGCUAUAUCCUAACUCCCUACGUUCAACAACGGGCAGCAUCCAUAGGCCAUGGUGCUCCCCAGACGGUCUUCAAUAUGGCAAAUAUGCAACGUGCUUUGCCCGUCUAUUCCCCACAACAGCAACAACAGCAACCGCAAGGAGCUCAGGCUCCUCCGCAAGCACCUCAUAAUCAGCAACAACGUUUCCAAACUGGUCCCAAUCCGGCCGCGGUCACUUACCAGCUACCACAACCAGUCCCACAAUUCCAGAGCGGUGCCGGUGCCGCCGUUUCAGGUGGUGGUCAGUACUAUCAUGUACCUAGUUUUUCACCACCUUAUUUCGAUCCCUAUCCGCAACAACACUACAUCCACACCUCAGCACCUCAAGGCCAGCAAGAUCCCCAAAGUCAACAACAACAGGGGACAUUUUAUACUGCCGGAUAUCCUCAAUUUCCUCAAUCCGCUGGCCCAACUCAAUCGCAUUUUGGGGCGCCGCCGUGGUUUGGGCAGCCCCAAGCUAGUUACUAUUAUAUUCCCCAGGUUUUUGCAAGCCCUCAGGUACCAGGCCAGCAUAUACCCCAAAUAGCAUCGCAGCAGCAUCAGCAGCAGCACACACCGACAGCAUCUUAUGGGCGGCGACACAGUGUUCCAGCCCGGGGGUCUCCGCCAAAACGACGAGGUUCUGAGACUGAUGCAGUUGCAUUUGUCGGGUAUAAUGGGGUUCCCCAGUGGGAUAGGAAUGUGGACGGGCAUAACUUCAGAAACUAUGUACAGCCUUCACGAGGCCCUUCUGGAGCGACAACAAAUGUGACCACUCCGAACACCUUGGACAUUGUAUCUCCAAGCUCCCUUCAUCCUGGGAUGCCCCGUGGGCCGCCUAGGAAGCCAAAGCAGUCGGGGCACGCAUUGUGGGUGGGAAAUCUGCCCGCAGGGACGCAGGUAAUGGACUUGAAAGAAUACUUCUCGCGAGAAGCAAAAGACGAUAUUGAGAGUGUAUUUUUGAUCUCGAAAAGUAACUGCGCUUUUGUCAACUAUAGAACAGAGCUUUCUUGUGCCCAGGCGAUGGAACGUUUCCAUGAUUCAAGGUUCCAGAAUACACGUCUAGUUUGCCGAUUGCGAAGAAGCUCAGCUACGUCUACCGUUGGAGCAGCAACGCCAUCGCCGGAUCCGUCCGCAGAUCAAUCAGCGCCAACAAGUACUAGCGGGGAUGAGGGAAAUAAAGACGGGGAAGUGGAAGAGGCGCCCGUAGAGAUCAAGAGCCCCCCCAUUGGCCCAGGAGGGGCGAGAGCUCCCUCAAGGGAGACAGGAAGGGACAGGAUUUUCAUCGUCAAGAGUUUGACUGUGGAAGAUCUAGAUUUGAGUGUCAGAAACGGCAUCUGGGCGACGCAAAACCACAAUGAAAGUACGCUAAAUCAUGCAUUUGAGACUGCAGACAACGUUUAUCUGAUAUUCUCUGCGAAUAAAUCUGGAGAAUAUUACGGUUAUGCCAGGAUGACUUCUCCAAUCCUGGAUGAUCCGUCCAACGUCAUAGAAUGGACACCAUCAACCCAGCAGAUUGACGAUCCAGAUCUUCCAAAAGCGAUCUACACCCCAGCCACAGACAGCGCGCCCCAGGGACGCAUCAUUGAUGAUUCGGCUCGGGGAACCAUAUUCUGGGAAGCAUUAAGCGGCGAAGAGGCCCCCGAUAACACAAAGGAGAGCGACGAAAGUGGAGAAAAGUCAACUGUCGUCUCCAAAUCCUGGGGUAAACCAUUCAAAGUGGAGUGGAUGUCGACUUCUAGAGUGCCUUUCUAUCGCACAAGAGGACUGCGGAAUUUGUGGAACGCAAAUCGGGAAGUUAAAAUAGCGCGAGAUGGGACAGAGUUAGAGGAAACGGUUGGAAAGCGGUUAAUACAAAUGUUUCAUCGAAAUAAUGGUGGGGCAAUGCCACCGGUUAUGGCCGGAGGCCAUGUUGGGUUGAUGUUGCCUCAGCACACACCCAACAGAGGGAACGCUAUUUCACAUUGA